AUGCACAGCGUCGCCGCAUCCACAUGGGACCGGUCCUCCGCGUGGGAGGAGACCGCGUCGAAACGCUGGGAUGCGGCUUUCCCUUCUCCUGAGGAGGGCGAAGCGGGAGAGUCUGGGCAGCGCCGUCGACGGACAGUGACUGGGCCGCCCCCCGAGCUGAUCCGGGCGAAACUGCACAAAGUGAUAGACAGUCCCGAGAACUUCCGAAGGAGUGCGCACGCCUCCUUCAGGCAAUUCGACCGCGACGGCGACGGCUUUCUCAGCUUUGAAGACCUCCGCUGGCUGAUUGCGCGUCUGUGCCGGAACUUGCAGCUUCCGCCGGUGGAUGACGAGGUUUUGAGUGUGAUUUUUCGAGCCUUCGAUUCAGAGAAAAGAGACAAGCUCGACGUGGAAGACUUCGCGAGACUGUACUGGGAGUUGUUGGGGAGAAUUCGCGACAAGUUCUACCCCGUCAAAAAGAUGCUCGUUAGGCGCUCCGUCUUUGUCGGCAGACGCAACUUGAGCGAAUCAAAGAAGGCGAUUGACGAUCUCUUCAUUUUCAAGAAAAAACUCGGGGCCGGUGCCUUUGGGGAUGUCCACCUGGUCGAGGAAAGGAGCAACGGCUUGGAGCGUGUGAUUAAAACGAUCAACAAGGACAGGAGCCAAGUGCCGAUGGAGCAGAUCGAGGCGGAGAUCGAAGUCUUGAAAAGUCUUGAUCAUCCAAACAUCAUCAAAAUCUUUGAAGUUUUCGAAGAUUACCAUAACAUGUACAUCGUCAUGGAAACCUGCGAGGGAGGAGAACUGCUUGAGCGUAUCGUCUCUGCGCAAGCUCGAGGCAAAUCCCUCAGCGAAGGCUACGUUGCGGAGCUCAUGAAACAAAUGAUGAAUGCGCUCGCCUACUUCCAUUCGCAGCACGUCGUCCACAAAGAUCUGAAGCCUGAAAACAUUCUCUUUCAGGAUAAGUCUCUCCAUUCUCCUAUCAAAAUUAUCGAUUUCGGUUUAGCCGAAUUGUUCAAGAGCGACGAACACAGCACAAAUGCGGCAGGCACCGCCUUAUACAUGGCGCCUGAAGUGUUCAAGAGAGACGUCACAGUCAAGUGCGACGUCUGGUCUGCAGACUUCCUCUUCUUUUUCGGCCCAGGUGUGGUGAUGUAUUUCCUUCUCACCGGGUGCUUGCCGUUUACUGGCACGAGCCUCGAGGAAGUUCAGCAGAAAGCGACUCACCAGGAGCCGAACUACGCAGUGGAGUGUCGGCACUUGACUCCGGAGGCGAUUGCUUUGUUGAAGCAAAUGUUGAUAAAAGAUCCAGAGAGACGCCCCUCCGCAGGAGACCGGUACAUGCGGCAGAGUCAUUUGAAGAAUGCUCUGGUGAACCUGAUGGCUCACCAGCUGAACGUGACGGGUCAGCAGAUUCGACACAUUAACCAGAUUUUUCGGCAGCUGGACAAGAACGGCGACGGUCUUCUUUCUCAUCAGGAACUCACAGAAGGGCUGAUGGAGGCGGGUGUUCCUCAGUGGGAUAUUAACCGCAUUCUCCAGUCUAUCGACGUGGACGAUUCGGGAAAUGUUUCGUACACGGAAUUCCUCGCUGCAUGCUACUGCUGGCAAGAAACGGAGCUAAACGUGGUUUGGACAGCCUUCCAGAAGAUCGACAAAGAUGGCGAUGGGCGCAUCUCUGUUCGGGAGUUCUGCGACUUGGUCCUGGGCCACGACAACAAACUAGUUCCCGAGGAAGACGUGCAGGCCAUGGUGGCCCAGAUGGACCGAGACGGCGAUGGUCAGAUUGACUGGGACGAAUUCGUCGCCUACAUGCACCAGGAUUCGUGA